AACUUGUCACAAUGCCACCCUAUUAACAGAAAAAACAGAAGGGAAAAAAAGGAAGGAAAAGAAAAUGGCAAGUGUGUGCCUCUCAAAUCCUAAAUCCUUAAUUCCAUCUUCUUCUUCUUCUUCUUCAUUUUCCACUUCAGUUGUUCCAAAAACAACUGUUAGAAAGCAAAUAAUUGUGUGCAAAGGAGAGAAUAAUGUACCUACUUUUAGUCCAACUGUUAGCAAGAGAAGUCUCUCAAUUAGUGUUGCAUCAAGUUUGUUGCUUUCUUUAACUGGUAAUGGAUUUUUUAAUGCAAAUGCUGCAAUUUUAGAAGCUGAUGAGGAUGAUGAGUUGAUGGAAAAAGUGAAAAGAGACAGAAAGAAAAGGAUUGAAAGACAAGUCAUUAUUGGUUCCUCCUCUAAGGAGAAAGGAUACUUGCAAGAUUUGGUAUACAAGCUCAGCAAAGUAGGUCAAGCAAUAGAGAACAAUGAUUUAUCAGUUGCAAGUUCAGUUCUUGGUCAAACCACUGAUGUAGAUUGGGUCCAAAAAGUUAAUUCAGCAUUCAACAAGUUCAGUGGUAGCGAUGAGGAGAAAACAGAGAUCGAUUCGUUCAAUUCUUCGCUUUCUUCUCUAGUUUCAUCAGUUACUAAGAAUGACAUUGAAGGAUCAAAAACAGCUUUUGUGGCAUCAGCCAGUGCAUUUGAGAAAUGGUCAACAUUAACAGGGUUGAUUGAAGAGCUAAAAGGGCUUUGAAGAAAAAAAAAAAGAA